AAUAUCCCCAGAUAACUUUAAGCUGGUUUGUCUGCGUCCAGCAAUUGUCCUCGAAUGUCACGGUGAUGUUCGAUACCGUCUGUACCCUCCCCCUUUCCUCCGACUUCUUCACGCAAGCGGUUCAUCCCAGUGAGCCGCUUGUCGCUGUCGGACUCUAUGGCGGCCAUGUAGAGACCUUCCGCCUACCUGCUCCAGCCAGCGAUGACAGCGAUGAGGAAGCAUCACAUUCGCCCAAUGGUUUUGGAAAGAUAGACACAUUAUGGAGGACAAGGAGGCAUAAGGGUAGUUGUCGGAGCGUUGGAUUUGGCAUUGACGGCGAAGCUCUCUAUUCUGCGGGCACAGACGGUCUUGUAAAGGCUGCAUCUACCGAAACUGGCCAGGUCACAUCCAAAAUCGCAAUUCCUUCUGGCUCUGGCCCGGACGCGGACGCGCCCUCUUUACUUCACGCGCUCUCACCUCAAACUCUUUUGUUGGCUACCGACUCUUCGGCACUCCAUCUCUACGACCUUCGCGAGAACAACUUCACCAAAUUGAAGCCCCAGCAAACGCAUCAUCCCCACGACGACUAUGUCUCCUCAUUGACACCUCUUCCGGCUUCCGAUGCAAGUACGAGUGGUUUCAGCAAGCAAUGGGUGACCACGGGAGGUACUACGAUCGCGGUUACGGAUCUUCGACGCGGAGUUCUGGUGCGAAGUGAGGACCAAGAAGAGGAAUUACUUAGCUCUGUCUUUGUAGGAGGAUUACCGGCUAAGCCUGGACGCAGCAAGGGUGAAAAGGUACUUGUCGGUGGUGCUGCCGGCGUUCUGACCCUUUGGGAACGCGGCGUUUGGGACGAUCAGGACGAGAGAAUCAUUGUCGAGCGCGCUGGCAAUCAGGGCGAAAGCUUGGAUACUUUGACCCUCGUGCCUGAUGAGAUUGGUCCCUUUGGCAAGAUUGUGGCAGUGGGAAUGGGUGACGGACGGGUCAAGUUUGUAAAGCUUGGUCCUAAUAAGGUCAUUGGCGAAGUCCGACAUGACGAGGUUGAGGGCGUUAUGGGACUUGAUUUCGACGUUGGGGGAAGAAUGAUUAGUGGCGGUGGCUCCAUUCUCAAGGUCUGGCAUGAAAAGGUGGAGGGACCUGGAGAGCUCGAGGAGGGGCCGACAGGCAAGGGAUUCGGCAGUGAUGAUGAUAGUGACGCAGACGAUGCCAGUGAUAGCAGUGACGAUGAAGGAUCUUCUCAGAAGCGUCGCAAGCGGAGAAAGAGAACCAAGGGAAAGCAGCAGGUUCAGCAUGUGAUGGCGUUCAAGGGUAUGGAUUAAUUAUAAUGGCAACUUUCUGGAUAACAUCUGCAGCAAGAUGCUUUAGUUGGAAAAAUAAAAGUUUUUAGUUUGGUCCUAAAGGAAUAGAAUCGAUAUGUGUGGCUG